CGCAAAGUCACGGGAGCUAGCUGGAGAGACAUGAGAUAUGAUAAUGAAAUGAUUGCGAAGAUGUGUUUCACUUUCGUUGGGGAAUUCCCCAGGAGUCACACACAUUUUCAAGAAAGCUAGCUUCGUCUGUUGCUCAGUUUGCUGUGCUGUACAGAUUAAACUCAAGUCGUCCAAUCAUCAUGGCGUCUGCCUUUCCACCGACCACACCCACCUCGCCCAUUGACCGCAGCGCCUGGAGGUCAGCCUACCGCAGUGAGUCGUUCGUCAAUGUUGACGAUCAGGAACUGGCCCAGGUUCGAAGCCAACUCCAGACCUUUGUCAGCCAGCACCAGGACUCCAACACUGAUUACACAGAGGGAGCCAUAACCAUCACAAAAUUACACUGGAUCAAUUCAAGUCAAAGGUCAAAAUGCCACAACUCCAGCUGCAAAUUGAAGUUCACCCUGACACAGAGGAAACACCACUGCCGCAAAUGUGGUGAGGUGUUCUGUGCCAAAUGUUUGCAGUACCAGAGGAAAUUGUCUCCAACCGCGGAGUACGAUCCAAACGGCAAGCUGUACAUGGUUUGCGCAGUCUGUUUCAAUUCGGAGACGCAGGGGCGGGGUCAGGCUCGUUUCUGGACUCAGACGUUUGCCGAGAUGCGCAGAGAUUAUCUGGCCGAGCGGGCCAGAUUCAUCGACAGCACCAACACUAAACCCACAAGGCCAUAUCUCCUAAAGGAAUGCCAGCGCUUGGUGGAUGGUUUUAGCAAGAACCAGACAAGCAUCAACCCGACUCAGACCGGUAAGGAAGCAGAGAAUGAGGACGUGACGAAAGCCAGCAAGUUCUUCAAGAGACUGGGCUCCCUCACAACCAAAGUCAGCAAGGUGCCCAGUCUGGUGAAGACCGGUCCCCCCGAGUGGCAAAAACCAGAUACCUGGGUGCCUAAUGGUCCUAACUGCCAGUUCUGCGGCACGGCCUUCACCUACAAGAAGCACAACUGCUACAUCUGUGGCCGUCUGGUCUGCCUGACGUGCUCCUGCAAGGAUCUGCUCAUCUACGUACCGGAUAAAUGCAACCAUGAGCAUGAGGGAAAGCAUGCACGAUGGGCGGUCAUCAAGAUCAUAGGGAGCCCAGAGAUUGAGCCCGACAAGCGGCUGUACGUCCGCACCUGCAAGGUGUGCUUAGAGGAACUGACGGCGCUGCAGGUGGAUAACUACAAAGCCUCCAUGAACGGAGAAGACAAGGAUCAGGAUUGCAUGAGCAAGAUGAUGGAGAUUCACGGCAACAUCACCAAGUUUCAGGAUAAGAUUGAUGAGAUGCUUCCAAAGUACAAGCAGUUAAUAGAUUCCUUAGAGAUAGCAGCUGAUAGUCCUAAGUCACUGCCACCGACCAGGAACAACAUGCAGGUCUUGGCCAAACACCAGGGUGAUCUAGCGGAUCACUUCACGUCCUUCGUCGUAGCCGUCAGUCGGCUCAAGCAGCUGAAGCCAAGAACACAGACUCAGCUCAAACUUGUCAAGUUGCUCAUGAGGUCUAAGUUUUCCUACUACAGCGACAGCAUGUACACCUUCCGGCAGCUGAAGAAACGUCUGGAGCAGAUUUCGCCCCCUGAAGUCCUGCAGGCUAUACAGUCCAUCGUCGACUCCCAGGUGAUUAGACACAACCCCACACAGACACUGACAAAAAUUAGGGCACACCGACCCCAGCAGGGGUAUGACUAUAUAGACUACGACCAACUGGACAGUGAACCUGAGGACGAGGGGUAUGAAGAUGUUGGUCAGACACCCACAUACAACCCAGAACAGAAGGAGGUAGUGGAAGCUGGUGAAACCCAGGGGAUUGGGGACAGAAAUAUUGGACAGACACCCACAUGCAACCCAGAACAGAAAGGGAAAGGGCAAGCCGGUGAAACCCAGGAGGUUGGGGACAAAAAUGUUGGAAAGACACCCGCAUACAACCCAGAACAACCCAAAACAGAAGUGGGUCCAAAGGGGGCACGGUGCUAUUUUUGGCCCCAAUCGGUUGGGGCCAAAAAACUUGGACAGACUCCUUCCACAUACAACCCAGAACAGAAGGGGUUAGUGGAAGCUAGUGAAACCCAGGGGGUCGGGGACAAAAAUGUUGGACAAACGCCCACAUUCUACCCAGAACAGAAGAUGGCAGGGGAAGCUUAUGAAUCCCAGGGGGAUGGGGAUAAAAAUGUUGAACAGACACCCACAUACUACCAAGAACAAAAGGAGAAAGGGAAAGCUGGUGAAAUUCAGGGGGUUGGGGACAAAAAUGUUGGACAGACGCCCACAUAUAACUCGGAAAAACCCAAAACAGAAGGGGGUCCGAAGGGGGCAAGAAUGUGGGAAUAUAUUUGGCCCCAAGCAGUUGGGGCCAGAAAUGUUGGACAGGCUCCUCCCACAUACAACCCAGAACAGAAGGAGGUAGUGGAAGCUGGUGAAACCCAGGGGAUUGGGGACGGAAAUAUUGGACAGACGCCCACAUGCAACCCAGAACAGAAAGGGAAAGGGCAAGCCGGUGAAACCCAGGAGGUUGGGGACAAAAAUGUUGGAAAGACACCCGCAUACAACCCAGAACAACCCAAAACAGAAGUGGGUCCGAAGGGGGCACGAAUGUGGGAGUAUUUUUGGCCCCAAGCGGUUGGGGCCAAAAAUGUUGGACAGACUCCUUCCACGUGCAACCCAGAACAAAAGGCGUCAGUGGAAGCUGGUGAAACCCAGGGGGUUGGGGACAGAAAUGUUGGACAGACACCCACAUUCUACCCGGAACAGAAGAUGGCAGGUGAAGCUUGUGAAUCCCAGGGGGAUGGGGACAAAAAUGUUGAACAGACACCCACAUGCAACCCAGAAAAGAACGGAGAAGGGAAAGCUGGUGAAACCAUGGAGGUUGGGGACAAUAAUGUCAGAAAGACACCCAGAAACAACAAAGAACAACCCAAAACAGAAGGGGGUCCAGCAAAGGGGGCACGAAUGUGGGAGUCUCGCUAUUUUUGGCCCCAACCGGUUGGGGCAAAAAGUGUUGGACCGACUCCCACAUACAACCCAGAACAGAAGGGGGCAGGAGAAGCCAGUGGAACCGAGGGGAGUGGGAACAAAGAUGUUGGACAGACACCCACAUUCACCCCAGAGCAGAAGGGGGUAGGGGAAGCUGGUGAAACCAAGAGGGGUGGGGAUAACCAUAUUGAACAUACAUCCACAUACCCAGAACAGAAAGGGGUAGGGGAAGCCGGUAAAACCAAGGGGGGUAAGUACAAAAAUGUUGGACAAACACCCACGUACAAGCAAAAACAGAAAGAGGCAGGGGAAUCUGGUGAAACCCAGGGCGUUGAUGACAAAAAUGUUGGACAGACGCCCACAGACAGACACCCAGAACAACCCAGAACAGAAGGGGGUACGAAGGGGGCACGUAUGUGGGAGUCUCUCCGUUUUUGGCCCCAACCGGUUGGGGCAAAAAAUGUUGGAUCAACUCCCACAUACAACCCAGAUCAGAAGGGGGCAGGGGAAGUUAGUGGAACCCAGGAGAUGGGUACAAACAUGUUGGAAGACAGUAAAACCUAGGGGGUUGGUUAAGACAAACAUCCACAUACUCCCAGGAAUAGAAUAGGGUACUGGACGAUGUUAGUGACAGUGAAGGGGAAAAUGUUGAGCAGAUGGACGGACAGACAGAACCCAGUACAGAUUAGUGAUAACGGUGGAAAUGAUAUAUUGAAAAUUGGGGAUUGAUUUCUAUUUAGUCAUCUUGCUUUAG